CUUUCAUGCGAGUUUGUUUUUAUACUUCGAAGAUGGCGACUUCCUGAAGCGUGCAUGUUUAUAAAUUCGCGUAAUAUCUGACUACUACAAUGUUUGCCCAGCUAGUUAUUGGACCACCUGGUUCUGGCAAAACUACCUACUGCCGUGGAAUGAGUGAAUUCAUGCGAAAUUUGGGACGGAAGGUGUCAAUCGUAAACCUUGAUCCUGCCAACGACUGCAUUCCUUACACACCAGACAUCAAUAUCUCAGAACUGAUUACUCUCGAGGAAGUCAUGGAGAAUCUGAAGCUCGGCCCAAAUGGAGGACUCAUAUAUUGCAUGGAGUACCUUGAUAAAAAUCUAGAUUGGCUGGUUCAUAAACUAAAACUCAUCCCCAAAGACCACUACAUUAUGUUUGAUUGUCCUGGACAAGUUGAACUCUACACUCACCACAAUGCUGUCCACAACAUUGUUGAGGCCUUACAGAAACUUGACUAUAGACUUGUAGCUGUACAUUUAGUAGAUGCACACUACUGCAGUGAUACAGGCAAAUUCAUUUCAGUUUUACUCACCUCUUUAAUCACAAUGCUCCAAGUUAGUCUCCCUCAUGUGAACGUCCUCUCAAAAGCUGAUCUCAUUCAAAAGUAUGGUAAACUUGCCUUUAAUCUUGACUUCUAUACAGAUGUUUUAGACCUGAACUAUUUACUGGAGCGUCUGCAGGAUGAUGAGAUCUUCAGAAAAUACAAGAAAAUGAACGCUGCCAUGGUUGGCAUCAUAGAGGACUACAGUCUGGUCUCUUUUGUGGCCCUCAACAUUACAGUAAGGAUUUCACUUUUGACGAUUAUAACAUUUUCCUCUUCAUCAUCAUUAUCAUCAAUUGUCAGUGGUAUCGCUGUUCUUGUCAGUGUUAUGGGUAUAAUGUUUUUGAGAUGA